CAAUCACAAUGCUCGGAAUCGACUACCCAGACAGUGACGAGGAAGACGUCGUGCCCGCGACCAAGCCAGAGGUGAGAAUUCCUGCAGCUAUCGCGCCGACCCCAGCGCCUCUCGAACAGCCGCCUACAUCGUCGGGUCCAGUGAGCGGCCCUGCGCAAGGCCCGACGGUUUCGCCGCCCCCGGAGGACGAUGCCAACUCGAAUGAAGCCGCGCUAGGCUCACCACACACAGCUACACGUGCCCUGAUUCAGAACCUUACUCUACCUACCGUACCGAACUUCGAUAUACCUCCUUCUCCACCGGGAUCACCACCCCAGAAAGCGACGAAGAAGUUUGCGCAAUUUCUAGAUCUCAAGAAGAAGGGCCAGCAUUUCAACCAGCGCCUGGAAGGCUCGUCCGUGCUACGCGAUCCGGGACACAUGCGGAAGUUGAUGGGCUUUGCGGGAAUCAGCGAAGAGGACUCAUAUGCAUCCACACUGCCAGAAGAUGUCGCGAUACCGGCAGUCUUCCCGGAGUGGGCCUAUGUCGAGGAAUUGAGGGCUUCACAGAAGCGCAUCGCAAAAACCAAAGAACAAGAGAAAUCCAAGGCACCGAGAGAAGCUCUCGAGUUUGUGUCCGCGUCCAAGACUGGCACGUCAAGCGGAACGGGCACAGCGUCAAGCUCUGCUACGGGGAAGCGCAAGGAAUUGGAACAUAGAGGAAAGGACGACCAGGGCACAAAGCGCAAAGUAGAGAGCAGGUCAAGGUCGCCGAAGAGGAGACGAUCAAGGUCAAGGGAGAGAAGGUGAGGGGAGAAGAUAGCACAGAUUGAGAAUACUUGUAGUAAUACUGUAAAUGGAGUGUUCGCACAACCAAAACCAAGUAAAUCCCAAGAC